UGGUUCGCUCCGUGGAGCGCGGAGGCUGGUGCUGGGUGCGGGGCGUUCCAGCCCGAGCGCAGACCCCGGGAGUCUGCGGCCCAGGUGGAUUGUGUCCGUGCUCCCGCGGAUGCUGCGAUCGCGAGCCAUGGGUCUUGCCGUCCGAGUCGUUUAUUGUGGCGCUUGAGGCUACAAGCCCAAGUAUCUUCAGCUCAAGAAGAAGCUGGAAGAUGAGUUCCCUGGAUGCCUGGACAUCUGUGGCGAGGGGACCCCCCAGGUUACCGGGUUCUUUGAAGUAACAGUAGCAGGGAAGUUGGUUCACUCCAAGAAGAGAGGCGAUGGCUACGUGGACACAGAGAGCAAGUUCCUGAAGCUGGUGGCCGCCAUCAAAGCCGCCCUGGCUCAGGGCUAGUGUGCCCUUAGGGCAGAGCCCAGUGACCUUGGCCCAGCCCCUCUCGGCGGACGCUUCAUGACGGGAUGGACUGAAAUGUCUCGUGGACGCCGGUCUUUCCCAGAUGUUCUGCGGCUGCCGCGCGGGGCAGAGAUCGACGCCCCUGGUCUGCCUGUGUGUGUGUGUGUGUCUCCCCGAAAUAUAGCUUUGCACAAUGGCCCUCCUCCUCCUGGCCCCCGCCAUUCACCAUCUGCCUGCCCUCCCCCGCCUCUCCCUGUCCCCGCGCUGGUGUUCGGGAUGGUCCCACUCCAGGCUUCGCUCUCAAGGAGAAGCCAAGAGAGGGAUCCUGGUGCGUGAGUUUCAGGUUUCAGCCAUGUUUGCAAGGGUUCACAGUUCAAUAAAUGUUGAAUGAGUUUAACAAAA